CGUCUCUCUUUCAAGAAACCGAGUUUCGCUUCUUGCCUGGAUGGGGAGGAGGAGAGCAAGAGAAGGGAAAUGGGGCGACUUUGCUGAGGCCGUGCUUUAAAAUCAAGUCAGCAGGAGAACGAAAAUUAGGAAGCAUGUGACUGCAAUUCCCCCCGCCCCCCCGCACGAAUCGGCCUCUGUACCUCGACCUCUCACUCGCUUUUCGCCUCAGUAAAGAUAAAGGCCAAGGAUGUAAAAAUGUUGGACACGAUCCAUAAUGCAAUCACAGAGGGGAGCAAGAACCUGUUUCUGACACUUCCCAAGCUCACUUCAGAAGAGGUCAUUAAUAUUUGGGACACAGUUUCUGAGUUUGUUGAAAAACAACUAUCCAUGAAUAAGGGUGUCCAAAUCCCUGGUCUUGGGACGUUCUCCUUCCUUAGACAGAAGCUGCAAGUUGGCAAUAACAAAUUCAUUCAACGGCCUGUGUUCCUUCUCUCUGAGAAACUUGCACAGAUCCACAGACUAAAAUUGAACAAAAUACACACUCCCGGUGAUAUCCCAAUUGUCCAGCUGAAUUUCAUUGUGUUAUCCCUGGAGGGUCCCUUCGACAGGGAGACGGUGGAAGGAUGUGUCCGAGAGACCCUCCUGUCUUUCUCGCGGUCCAUUGCCACCAAGCAGACAGUCGAGUUCACCUUCAAAGGAAUUGGUGUCCUGAUUAUCCGAGACAACAAGGUGAAAAUGAAGUUUUACAAAGAUUUUCUUCAGACCAUGGAUGGAAGCGGGGCGCUCUUAAAAGCCCUUUCAAAUAGGCCAGGAACUGUGGACUCUGUGUUGUCAUCCACAGACACAAUCACUCCACCAUUCUGCCCUUCCAACACUGCAGCGUUUCCAAGGAUUGAGGUCAAAGAACUGGAAACCAUUCCUGAAGAAGAUGAAAAGUCCAGCAAAGAGCAGGAGCAGGUGGACAAAGAGAGCUAUAAAAAAGAAAAUCUGUUGCCAAAACGCUUUGUCUCCCGCCAAGCACUUUUUCCAGCCAAAGUGACUGGGAUCAGUUUGACCGAGGAGCUUGAGAGGAACCUCAAGCCCAAGCCACCACCUCCUCCAAGGCAAGCAACGCCCAUUCCUGAUGCCUUGAAGACAGAACGGGAAGUGAACCCUACCCAAACUUCUGCCCCCAGAUCCCAGACUUCAUCCCCAAUUUGUGAUGAACAUGGUAGGGCAGGACAGGAGAUGUGUUACCUAUGCAUGCAGCGUGCUCAGAGGAAUUUUCCUCUCUACUUGGCUGAAGAAAAAAGGAGGAAGGAGAAAGAGGAUGACCGCAUCCUGGCCCAGUAUCAAGUCAUGAAAGAUCAAGACGCCCUUCAGAAGCAGCUGAUGGGAAUUGUGACAGCUCGGGAGCAGAAUCAGAAAGUGGCAGCUUAUAACCUGGGCAUUGCCGAAGCCAUUCGAAAACACAAGAAUGAAAAGCUGGCUGAACCCUUUAGGUCCUUCAUUUUUGAGCAGAGGCCACCCAGUUGUACCCCUCAUGAGAAGCAAGAGGAGUAUGCCCAGCACUUGGACAAGCAGCUGGAGAGCAGGAAAGCCAGAGAAACAAAGCAAAAGCAGGAACAAGACUUCAUUGACCGCUUGCAGCAAGUUCAGCUGGCAGAAGAAUUAGCUGCCCAAAGAGCAAAAUAUCUGAAAGAGAAGAUGGAAGAAAAGCAAAUUUAUAAGAGGGCCCUUGAUAUGCAGGUAAAGUUAAAACCUACUCCCUUGCCUGAAUAUGUACCUGAUUCAACAGAGGCCAUUUUUGGGAAGAACGACAUGAAUGAAGAGAAAAUGGAGGAAAGGAGGCAGCGUGCUCGGGAAUAUUCUAAGUCCCAGUUGCAGGCAGCUGCAGACCGGAAGCGAACAGCCAUUCUCAACCAGCUGGUGGAUCAGAGGAGAGCUGCAGAGAUGAUUCAAAGGGCUAAGAAACAGUGGAUGGCAGAGAAAAGUGAGAGAAUGGAGAAGAUCUUCCAGAUGAACUUGGCUAUGCAAGAGGACUGGCGGAAAAGCGCAAGGCUGAAGCGGCAACGGGAUUACGAAGAGAAGCUCUUCAAACAGGCUGGAGACAAACUUCUGCUCCUUGACCAGUGCGCAAGGUUUCGUCGUUGCUACCAGUGCAAGAAGGGCCUGAACAAUUUUGGGGAAAGCAAUGUAUGGACAGACAGUAAAUAUGUCCCGGGAUCUCGGUUAAUAGUUUGAAGCAAUACAAUUUGUUUAUGUCUUCCUUUCCUUCCUUUUCUUCUCAUAAGAACCUUUGAAAUUGUUUUUAAAAAAGAAUACCUCAUUGUUUUAAUGUGCUUAUGAUUUAAUUCUUGUAGCUCUGUGAAAUGAAUUUCUAGUCUUUCACUUUCUGGUGUCAGGUUUUUGUC